GGCCGAGGCAGCCGGGGGAGGCACGGCCGCUCCGGCCAGCAGCGACACCGCCGCGCUCCGCCGCCGCUUCCCGCGGGCGGCGGCAACAAAGGGCCCUUCCUCCUCCUCCUCCUCCUCCUCCUCCUCCUCCUCCUCCUCGCCGCCGCCGCCGCCCUCCCGCUCGCCGCCGCCGCUCCGAGCCGUCCUUGCGGCACCAAGAUGCCCGGGGAGGUGCCGCCGCCGGCGCCCCGGGGGCUGCGGCGCGUCGCGGUGCUGCUGCUGCUGCUGCUGGGGCUGCGCGCCCGCGCCGCGCUGGCCCAGCGCUGGCGCAAUGAGAAUUACGAGAGGCCCGUGGACCUGGAAGGCUCCGGGGAUGACGAUCCCUUUGGGGAUGAUGAAAUGGAUGAUGUCUACUCAGGCUCUGGCUCGGGGUAUUUUGAGCAGGAGUCAGGACUGGAAACAGCGGUGAGCCUCACCACGGACACGUCCAUCACGCUCCCCACCACCGCAGCCCUGCUGCCGGUCACGCUGGUGCAGCCUGUGGCGACCCCCUUUGAAAUGCUCCCUGCAGAGGACCCCACCCCUGAGCAGAUGACCAGCGUCUUGUAUAUCCCCAGGAUGACAGAGGCACCAGUGAUCCCCAGUUGGAAAGCAACCACGACCAGCACCACUGCCAGAGACUCCCCCAGUACCACGACGACUACCACCACCACAACCGCGGCCAGCACCACCACCAUGCCCACCGCCAAGCCCACCACCAUCCGGAGGUUCCUGCCCCCCUUUGUCACCAAGGCAGCCACCACCCGGCCCACCACCCUAGAGACGCCCACCACCUCCAUCCUCGAGACCAGCACAGCGACAGAGCUGGUAACAUCACGGCCUUCCCCCUCCAGCACAGCCAAGCCCAGGGCCCUGCCAAAACCGAGCACCUCCAGGACUGCAGACCUCACGGAAAAAAGCACUGUGUUGCCAUCCAGUCCUGCCACGCUGCCGCCCACGGAAGCCCCCCAGAUGGAGCCGGGAGAGGUGUCGACGGUGCUCGACAAUGAGCUGGAAGUCCCGGUCAGCGGCGGCCCCAGCGGGGACUUUGAGAUCCGGGAGGAGGAAGACACGACUCGUCCCGAGCUCAAUAAUGAGGUGAUGGCCGCAGCGACGCCUCCGUCGGGGCCCGGGCUGGGCAGGAACGGUGAGCCCGGGCUCAUAGACAAUACGAUAGACUCUGGCAACUCCGCCGCUCAGCUCCCACAGAAAAACAUCCUGGAGAGGAAAGAAGUGUUGAUAGCGGUGAUCGUGGGUGGCGUGGUGGGAGCCCUCUUUGCUGCCUUCCUGGUCAUGCUGCUCAUCUACCGGAUGAAGAAGAAGGACGAGGGGAGCUACACGCUGGAGGAGCCAAAGCAGGCGAACGUGACGUACCAGAAGCCCGACAAGCAGGAGGAGUUCUACGCGUAGACGAGAGCCCGCCGUGCCUCGCGCUCCCUCCCUUCCCACCUCAAACUCUCUCUCCUUCUCUACUACAUCCAAUCUCUCUCUCUUUUUCUCUUUCCUGGAUCAGACUGUGAAUUUAAAAAGAAAAAAAAAAACACGAACAAAAAAACAAAACCACAAAAGCUAAAAGAGGAAGCAGAUCUUUGACGUGAGAAAAUCAAUCGUCCAGAGCACCACCGAGUUUAGACCAAGUACCGCUAACCUUUCUCCAGCGGAAGGGACGGGGUGAGGAGCAAAUGGCCAACGCAACUGUGCCUCUGGGACCGUGCAUACAUGGGUGGUCAUUUUGCUGACGGCGGCUGGAGUUCACUGGGCUUUACCAACUGACACAAUGGAUGCUGGGAUCCGGAUACCUGUUACCAGCCUUGGGGUGCAGGGGGGUUGGUUUGGAUUUAUCUUCCUUUUUUUUUUUUUUCCCUUCGGAAAGGAGGGAGGUUUCUUUCUCUCUCUUUUUUUAAUGUUUAUUUUUGGAUGCGGUUGGUUGCUUUGCAGGAAUUACCUUGCUCCCUGCUUCUAUUUGGAGAAAAGGAUGCAAUUGUCAAGUACAUUUUGAACCAUGAAAAAGCACAAGGGGCUGGAAUACCUGAUGCCCUGGGGCUUGCUCUUGGAGCGGGGGAAAAUAAAUAAGUACAUACAUGGCCAGUACGCUGGAAAUGAUCUUUCUGAUCACCUCUUCGGAGAGUUCAUGGAGCAGCAAGAAGCCCCAUUUUGUAUCUCGUGCUGCCUCCUUCCUGCCACCGCCUCACUUCACUGCAUCGCUGUGCACAGCCAGAGACCUGAAAUCUAUGGAAACUGUGUGUCGUCGGCUGCUGAGGGGUUUGGCUGAAGAGAGACCUUGCUUUUGCUGGGUUUUCACUGUGACCAAUAAAACCCAGCUUGCACGGUAUGACCAACAUCGCUGGUUUGCAAACGGAGCCGGGACACUGCUUGGUGGGGAAUUGGCAGGGGAAGGAAACGGAAACUGGAAGGCUAAAUCCUCUCCUGGGUUCCUCCGAACGGGCUCGUGGCUCGCAAGCUCGGCAAGCCAUGACACGCAGCGGUAGUACAAGGACUGAAAAGCGCGGAGGUGGUACCCUCUCAUCUCCCAUGGCAGGGCCGGGGCCUGGGUCCUGCCGGGAGACGGGUGCCCCCAGGCAUUGCGAAGCCUAGGCAGAGAGGGGGCUUUGCAGGGGGGGUCUCUCCUUUGCGAAGCCCACGAUUGAUGUGUUUCUGUGACAGUCUUUUGUUCUCUAAAUUCCAAUAUAAACCAUCUGGCCACGUGCUGUCACCUCCCAUUGACUUCCAAGGGCUGUCGAUCGGUUCCUCCGUGCCUGGGAGCAGCGAGAAAAAGAUCCCGGGGGCAAUCGCCAACCCAGCUAAAGUGUUUUCCCCUCUAAGACUACAUGAUGUGCAAAGCAGCCGGGCCUGAUCCAGAGCCCAACUGCAGCUUCUAGAAAGAGUAUGUUUUGGAGCGAGCCCUCUAUGCAGAAAAGUCAAUUGGAUAUUUAAAUUAGUUGGCUUUUAAUUAGCUAAAGUGCUGUUUGCGGUGCAGUCGAGAAUCUUUGUUUCAACGAUGGUUGCGAUCUCGAUGGUGUCCUGUAGAGGCCUUGACUUUGCUCUUGCAGCAAUUUAAACAGGGGGGGAAAAAAAAGUAAAAAAAUCAGUUGCUUUCACUCUGUUGCAUCAUGAAUUAACCUGCACAGACACAGUGACACUUUGUUCCCCUCAAGGCGUUAGUGGAUAUAGAGAUUUAUGACCCUGACGGAGGCUACAAGACAGCAGAGCUUCUUUUUAUGUUAGGAAUUGAGAGGUCAAACACGUAUAUUUUAUAUAUAUAUAAUAUAUAAAUAUAUAUAUACACACACACACACAGGCACUCACAUGCAGAGUUUUAUAUAUAUAUAUUUAUAUAUAUAUUUAUAUUUAUAUAGAUAUAUAUAUAAAAUGAAACCCCUGUAAAUUUUCAUUGCACUGCAUAUGAUGGCUGGACAGGACUUUGUGAUUGUAAAGAUUUGAGUUUUCUGAGGUUUAGACCCCAAGCACUGCGCUUCAUGCCCUUGGAGGGCGAGCUCUUUUCAUUUCACGGGGGGGACAGAGCCCCCCUGCACCAGGAGCUCGUUAAACUGCCGUCCCACUUUUAGAGACGUGCAAGCGUCAAGAUGGUCAUUGGCUUGGUUCUUUUAGCGUGGGGUUGGCUGUCCUGUGGGGUCCCUCGGAGGGCGAUGCUGAGAAGCGCGUGGUGUAGUGUGUGUGUGUGUGUGUGUGUGUGUGUGUGUGUGUGUGUGUGUACACCCCGCGUCAGCCCCAUCCCGGCAUCGCGUGUACCAGCGCGAGGACGCUGGGAAGGGGGAGCCACACGUCUGCAGGAACCUGGUGGCACCGUGGCUCUGGAGAGAGGCCAAAAGGCUCCAGCUCCUCUGAGCUGCUUCCAAAGGAGCCUUGUGGUUUUGAUGCCUUUAUUUCUUCGGUGUCCCGUUGAGCAAACACAAAGGGCAUUAGCUAUCGGCGAGUUUGGCGGCACUCAAGCCUCUUCAAGAUACCGUGAGUCAUGUAUCUUACCACGAGAGCAAGUAUCACACAAACUCACCGUCUUUUUGAGAAACAUGAACUUAAUCUUUCGAGUGUAUAUUAAAAAAAAAAACCCUCCCAGCUUAAUCUUUUAAAUGCCACUUUUCUUAGCUGCUUCCAUAAUCUUCUUCAUUCCAUUUUUUCCCUUAAUAGUCUGAAGUUCUCUAAUACAAUUUUUUAUUCACUCAAGCUUAACCUUAGUUCACUCAGCUGGUGUUAAGUUGUAAUCCUGGCACUUAAAUCCGUUACAGUUUCAGAAGUGAGGAACGAUUUGAAGUGGGAGGGAGAGAGCAGGCUGGGCAGCGCUUUCUCUUGCAGCGGUUGAAAGUAUGAGACGGCCACGUGCAAAAAACGCAAAGUCAAUUAAACCAGCAGAAUUGACCAAUGUCUUAAUUCAUUGUACAGAGUCUGCUGCUUCCGUGCACUUUCCUUACUGCUCUCACCCUGGAGAGCGGCUGUGAGCUUAAUGCGACUCUCUUUUGGGUUGGAGCAUACAUUUUCUUGGUUUUAAAUAAGGACAUAAAUCACGAAGAAGCCUUUCUUGUCAUCUCAGCUCCCUAGGAGCAUCAGGCUAGUUGUCCAAGUUGAUGCUUGGGAGAAAAAAAGCUGCUUCUUGACAUCUGAUCUUGGGCCGCCUGCCUUCCUUGCAGGGCAGGAGGUGGUGGGACGAGGCUAAGCCCAGGAUGUGGCUUUUCUCUGUCUUUGGUGGCAUCUUCUGGACCUAAAAGCAGAGUCUACCCAGGGGUCCCUGCCCUGUGGCUGCUGCUGCCAUUGGGCCCCAGAGCGCAGAUGGGAAGCGAGAAGAGAAAACCAGCAAGUGGAGGAUGUUGGCGUCUUUUCUCAGCUGUUGGUUUGGCCACAGAGCAGUUUUUUAGGCGGAUCAUCAGUCAGGUUGAGUGUCACCCCACUCUGUCCCCUCGCAGAGGACCAGCGGAUUUGGACGUGGGGAGCUGCAUUGCUCCCUUGCAGCUGGCGCAGUGGCCAGAUGUGCUGCUCCUUCCAGCUGUGCUCUUCUCGCAUGACCCCCCAGGGACCAGGGCAGCCAUGUGCGCAAGAGGAGGGGUCUUCUCUUGCCUUUCAGUGUCUUUUCCACAUGUUUGUUUGUCUGUUUGUUUUGUGUGUGUGUGUGUGUGUGUGUGUGUGUGUGUGUGAGAUAUGCUGGAGCUGAAGGGUGAGUCUUUGUAGUGCCAGUUCCCCAAUUUUAGGACAGCUGCAAUUGCAAGGCAUAAAAGACAGCACCGUUUCCCUUCCCGGCUGAGUUAUUUUUCGGCCAAUCGCUCUCCCGCAGUGAUUUGUAGCAACCGACACCUCGGAGUAACCGCUCUCUCCUGGACCACGUAAAAAGGCAGGAGGUAGAAGGGGGUUCAAAGGAAAACAAAGACGAGGGAAUACGCUGGAGAGCCCAAGUUCUCCGGGCUGUAACAUGAUGUAACAGCAAGUGCAGCCUGUCGACAAGGGCUCUGGGAUGGGGGCUGAAAUGAUCCAAUUCUCCAUGUUUCCCCUCGUGCACCCUCACUUGAUGAUCUCUGCAGGUGCCCCCAGGGUCUACGAUACCAUCAGAGCCGCUGGUAUUUGGCCCUUGCAGCACACUGGUGUCGGCGAGCAAGUCCCGGUGUCUAAACUCUUGCUGGACAACCUCAGAAAACAGACAGAAAAAACCUAUAAUCUCACCUGUGCCUCAGUUUCUCAGCGUGGCCGGGGAGCCGGGACGUCUGGUGCCGCAACCCCGGGACGUCGGGCUCCGGGGCUGCCCCGGCGCCUCUCCUUGCUCCCCGCGUCUCGGGUGCAUCACCGGGUGCCGGCCGGCUGCGCGUGGGCAGCCUCGGCAGGGCUGCAAAUGCCCCUUUCCUCCCAAAUCCUUUGGAUUUUGGCCCCUUUCCGAAAAAAAGAAGCGGCAGGAGCAUCCGACCGCCGUCGCAAAGCUCGCGUUGCCACCGCAGAGGCUUUCACUGCAGAAAGCCCGUUCGUUCAAGGCAAGAAGGGCUGUUUCCCCCCUUCUUUUUAUUAUUAUUAAAAACGCUCAGCGUCCGUGGUGGUCUUCGAGGCUUUCCGAAAAGCUCGGGCAGCGCCUAAAGCGACGUCGAGUUUUCAGCGCCGAAGCGUUUAUUGGACUCACCCGCGUCUCGUUAGGCAGCGUGUCGGCCCCGGCGCGGCGAGCCCAAAGCUCGCGGAUGCCGCAGGGAUGGCAGGGAUGUGUGUGGCGUGUGUGUAUGUAUGUAUAUAUAUGUGUAUGUAAUUAAUAUAUAUGUAUAUAUGUAUAUACGUGUGCGCGUGCAGAGCGCACGCGCGUGCGCAGCUUCAAUGCAACUCGUGGACGCGAUGAGGAGGGAGGGCUGCAUUUGUCGGCGGCUCCACGCGUGCGGGAGGGUUCAAUCCUGCAGCCUCCGGGCCAGGUGCAGAGCACGGCGGCCGCGCUGGCUCGGUCCCGUCCCCGUCCCCGUCCCCGUCCCCGUCCCCGUCCCUUGCGCCCGCGGCGCCGCAGCCGUGCCCAACGCUCUACGGACAGCCUCAGUGCGGAGUGAACUGAGUUUUUCAUUUUUUCUUCCUUUUUUUUUUUUUUAAUUUUGGAAAAAGUCGCCCUAGGAGAUGCCCCUGUGAUGCCCAGGUUUUUUUAUUUUAAUCCCCCCCAACAUCCAGACGACUCAUUCAAUGCAUUUCCAAAGACCUCAAGUACCAGUGAUUUUAGGUACAUCAACUACCCGCGUUUUGGGUCCCCCCCACUACCCCCGGUCUAAGUCAUAACUGUACAGUCGACAAUCAAACCAGACAGAAAUGCUGACUUUAGAAAAAUAUGUAUCCAUUGCAGUUUGAUAGAACUACUUUUUAAAAUCACGUGCUUAUCUCGCACCGACGUUCGCCACCAUGUCUCCAGGAUAAAUCGCCACCCAUUGGCUCUUCUGUAAAUAAAUGUGAAACAUUCUUGUAUAAAUUAAACAAAAAAAAGAAAAAAAGACAAAAAAAUCCAUUGAUACAUGUCCAAAAAAAAUCCCUUUCCAGAAGAUUUAAAUAAUUCAGAGAAAAAGAAAAAAAACCAAGUGAACCACACUUCACUUUCUUUUCUUUGGAGCUGAUUUAAAUUCCCAAUAGGAGGAUGAAAAAUCUUUAACAGUAGAAGAAAUUACGAGUGUUUUACCUUUCAGUGAAUAUGGGAGGGGAAAAAUGCAUGUAAAUAUUUUUAAUAGGAAACAUAUCUUAAACAGAACUUUUUUUUGUAUGUACAUAACUCUUCUAGAGUUUAGUACUUAAAUUGCUUCAUAGUGUCUGUUAAAAACAAAAAUAAAAUAAAAUAAAAUGUUUGUUAACUGUUUUUGUUCUUACUCAAUGGCCAAAACUUUAAAAAUAAUGAAAAAAGACUAUAAAAAAUAAUCUUUGCCAAUGGAUCUAGCACUGUAAUGGUACUGUCUAUUUUUUUUAAUGAUUUCUGUGCUGUGCCCAUUUAUAAAAGGAAAAAAGAAUAAAGUCAUUUAAACAUUGA